AUGGAUUACGAACCUCCAUUCUUAGAGGCCUGCAGGAAGCUUCUUGAAAGCUCCUUGUCGUUAGACACAAGAGCGGCGGCGGCGGCGGCGGCGGAUUGUGAGCUGCCUGUGAUUGAUCUGGACAGUCUAAACAGUACAAAACAUGCCGAGAGAGAAGAGUGCAUGAAGGAGAUCAUCGAAGCUGCUAAACAAUGGGUUUUUUUCCAAGUUGUGAAUCAUGGGAUUUCACAACAACUCUUACAGAGGUUGUUGUUGGAACAGAUGAAAAUGUUUCACAGGCCUUUUGUACAGAAAUCCCGGGAAACUUCCAGAGCUUUCUCCUACAAGUGGGGCAACCCUUUUGCUACUAAUCUCCGGCAUCUCUCAUGGUCUGAAGCCUUCCAUAUUCUUCCACAUGAACCACCAAGUACGGCGGACGACCACCACAAAUGUCUGAGAUCAACCACUGAAGCUUAUGCCAGAAAGGGUGGGGCCCUGGCAGAAAAGUUGGCGGAAAUUCUAGGUCAGGAAAUGAACAUGAAAUCCAGAUAUUUCCGAGAAAAGUGCUUGCCAAACACAAGUUUUCUUCGGCUGAAUAGAUAUCCACCAUGCCCAAUUCCCAAACACGUGUUUGGUUUCAUGCCUCACAGUGACUCCACUUUCCUCACCAUUGUAUUUGAAGACCAGGUUGGGGGAUUGCAAUUACUCAGAGAUGGAAAUUGGGUUUCAGUCAAGCCUAAUCCACAUGCUCUCUUGAUUAAUAUCGGUGAUUUAUUUCAGGCACUGAGCAAUGGAGUUUAUAAAAGCAUAAAGCACAGAGUUGUGGCUGCACAGAAGGUAGAGAGGUUCUCUGUGGCAUAUUUCUAUAAUCCUUCGUAUGAUGCAGUGAUAGAGAGCCAUGGCACCCCCAAGAUUUACAGAAGCUUCACUUUCAGAGAGUACAAACAGCAGAUUGAGAAAGAUGUGAAGGAAACUGGUGAUAAAGUGGGGCUCUUUAGGUUUCUUUUGUAG